AUGGGUCCUUUGCAAAGAGCCAGGGUGUAUGAUUGGAGCAAGGAGUUUUUGAUUGUUCUUUCCAUCAUGGGAUAUGUGGUUCUGCAUUUCCUGGGACUUCGUGUCAAUCAGGGUAAAGUGUCGAGUUGGAUCAAGGCCCAUCUUGACGUUCUGCAGACCCAAUUCUACCAGGUGGGUCCUAAACCCAACAUCACGUCGACCAAGUCUAUUGACUAUAUCGUCACUGAUGGAGCUACUGCUUAUAACACCUAUGCCACAGGUCGUGUCAAUGUAUCUCAUGUUCUUGCCAAGUUCCGUUUAUUGGGACGUCAGAAUUUCAUCACUUUGUCUAUGGAAUACUUCACCUCGAUCUUUUUACAGGGAUUCAACCCUCGUGACCAGAUCGAUGUUGUCAUUACUCCUUCCGACCCUGCUGCUAUUGAUCCUUUUGUGUUUGCUGUUGUUAAUAAGGAAAACAUGAGCCGAUCCAGAGACCAGAACUACUUUUUGUCGAUUACUCGUACUGUUGAUUCUGACAAGCUUCCUCCUAGUUUCACUUUUAUGACUGAGAGUGCCGAGGUCACUGAUACUGUUGUUGAGCUUGCCAAGGAGUUUUUCCAAGCUCUUGAGACCCCUGGUGUCGAGAAAGUGCUUGAAUACUUUGCCAUUACCGACCAACAACCUACUGCUCCUCUUUCAUUGAAGGAUCUCGAGCCCAAGACUAAACUCUACCUUUCACUCAAAUUCCCCUCUAACAAGGAACAAUCCGAGCUUUCGGCCCGUAUUCUGAACUCUGCCAUCAACCUUGUGGACAUUCUUGUUGCCAAGAAGACCUGGAGACCUGAGGUCGCUAAGAAGAUCAAGGCCACUCGUGACGCCGAGAUCAAGAAGGUACAAAAGGCACUUGACCUCAUUAAGGCCGAGGAACUUGCUCAAAAGAAGACCGAGGCCCUGCGUGAAAAGAAGGCCGCUCUUGCCAAACUCAGUCCCGAGGAGCAGAAGAAGCUCGACCAGAAGUCGAAAGAGAAGGAGCAACGCAAGCUCCGCAGCAAGCAAAUCAGACGCUAG